CUCGAAUCGUAUUGAUUCGACGAGGGUGCUGUCGCUUGAUUUUUUUCAUCGUGAGAACGCUGGUUGGGUUGCGGCAGCCUAUAUCUGUGAGAACGUGAGAACGUGGAAUGUCGCGACACGCGGAGAUAAGACAAAAGUCAACCACUUACUCGGCGGGGGUGGUUUCCCCGCGCUUCGCUUGUUUACGAAUCAUCGUGCAUCGGCAACCACGUGGUUCUUGUGCAUUACGUGCCUCUUCAGUUUAAAGAAAAACGGAGCAGCGUGGAAAACACGAAUCUUCUAGAAUCACGGAUUUCAAUUCGUAGUUUGAUGACGUCUCAAUACCAUACUCCAAGCUAAUAUUUACUUACGUGCUGAUAAUCGCCAGAAUCCAGUUGGAAUUAUUGAAUCGUCGAAUGCCGUGAUUAAACAGGUGUAAUAAAUCGUCUCGUUUAACCUGUCAACGUUUUACACUUGCACGAUAGAUAAUUCGCUCGUAAUACCGGAAACUUCAUACAUCAGUUUCUUCCUCUGCUUUUUCAGGUAGAGGUCGAAAUGUUGUGAUGGCUGGAACAUCACGACGUCCGAGCUCAGAGCUCGGACCUGACCUGUCUUCACCGACGCCGCCGAAGAAGUCCAAGUUCUCCGAGACGUCGAUCGAGGGAACAACCGAGAAGGAACAUGACCUGAGCACCGAGGAACUCGAGAGCGUGGAGAAGGAGUUGACCAGCUCGUUGUCGGGCAACACGAUCGAGUUGAUACCAAGCAGCGCGUUGCAGACGAAUCCCUUCAAGAUCAGCGAGGAAUCGUUGGACAACACGAAGCAGCUGAUUCGAACUAGCUUGGAGGGGCCUGUGAACGUGACGGCUGGCUCUUCGAAGGAAGGACACUUCGGUAGUUUCGAAACGAUUAUACAAAUGAAGUACAGCGGCCAGGAAGAACUGUCUGGCAGCUCUAGCAAGAGAUCCGAGUCAGAUAACAGCGUGAAAAUCCAGACGUUGAUCGGAGAGGAUGCGUCGUACCAGGAAUUGUCUUUGAUUGGCAAUGGAGCUUAUGGUACGGUUUAUAAAGCCAAAGACUUGAACACGGGACAAGUCGUGGCGUUGAAGAAAGUUCGUGUGCCUCUGACAGAAGAUGGGCUACCCACGUCUACGUUGAGGGAAAUCGCAACGUUGAAGCAACUUGAGAGAUUCGAGCAUCCUCAUAUUGUAAGACUAUUGGACGUUUGUCAAGGAAAUUAUCUACAUUUGCCUUCUAUCGAUGGAACGUCCGAUAGGCUAGAUCGAGGGCUGACGUUGUGGCUGGUGUUCGAACACGUGGAACGAGAUCUAGCAUCUUACAUGUCGUCCUGCUCGCGGUCAGGUAUUGCCGCUCAUCUUCUGAAACAAAUGUCGAAGGAGAUACUCCGAGGAGUGGAGUUUUUACACAGUCACAGGAUCAUUCACAGGGAUCUGAAACCUCAGAAUCUGUUGGUGUCUAGGGAAGGGAGAAUAAAGAUCGCGGAUUUUGGACUGGCAAAAACAUACGACUUUGAGAUGAGAUUGACUUCUGUGGUGGUGACGCAGUGGUAUCGCGCUCCAGAAGUCCUUUUAGGCUGUCCCUAUGCCACCCCUGUUGACAUUUGGUCCGUGGGAUGUAUAUUGGCAGAAUUGAGUCGACUCGAACCAUUGUUCCCAGGUACGAGCGAAGGUGAUCAACUCGAUAGAAUUUUUCAAAUAAUUGGAACUCCGUCGCAGGGAGAGUGGCCACAAAAUGUGUCUCUUAAUUGGACAGCUUUCCCUAAUAGACAACCGAGACCUCUUGUAGCAAUAAUACCUGAUCUCAAUGAACAUGGACUAGAUUUAAUUAAAGGUAUGCUUAUGUUUGAUCCUCAUAGACGAUUAACCGCAGCACAGGCUCUCAAACAUCGGUAUUUCACUGAGGAUGAUUCGUGAUGAUUAUUUAAAUAUUUUCUUUUCUUUUCUGUCUCGAACAUUUUUAACAAUAUCUCAAAAGCAGACUGACGUUACGAUAUCCAAAAAUACGUAAGCAUAUUGUUCUUUUUUUUAAAGAACGUCGCAGUACUUUUAUUUUUAAGCAGAUAAGUGUAGUUCGUUACGAGUAUGAUACAAUAGAGAUCUUUGUAACUAUGUUACAAGGCUUAUACAUAUUCCGUUGUCAUUUAGAAAUUACAAUUGCAAAAUAUGUUUGCUACACUUUAUGGAACGAUCAUCAUAUUUAAGUCAUACAGCCAUUCCGUUGCGUCGAAAAAUCAUCAUAGUUCAAUUAUACGUAGACGUUAAAUAAUGUAAAAAAUAACGGUUCUUCUGACUUGUCUGAUCUGAAUUAGACAACCAUAUAAUUUCCAUUGUUUGCGUAUCUAGCGAUAACAAUAUUGAUACAUUAUUUAUUUAGGUAAUAUCUAAAUAGUAUUUCUAUCGUUACUUUUAUGGUCGUAAUUCUGAUGAAUCUAAUUAUACUGACAUUUCAUUUACUUUAUACCUCUCGAUUAGAUGAUAUUUUCUUGUAGGAACAAAGUAGGAUUUAUGUAUGCGCACCAAAAAUAAUUUCGUAUAAUAGUUAACAAGGUGUGCCUUCCAAAGUCGCUCGAACGUUCGUAAUCCAUGCCUUAAUUUUCUAUGUAAUUAAGCUUAACCAUAAAAACAUACUAUUAACUAGCGUUAUUCUUGUAAGACUGGGGCCUAUUGACCCGUUAGAUUCGUCGAAAGAACAUAGGAUCUCCCGUAAAAAAAAAACCAGAAAGUACACUGCCAUAUGUAUGUAAAACAAGUAACAAAUAGUGUUUAAUAUUGUAUUUUAUCUUAUCAGUAUGUGUAUAAAUC